GCGGCGGCGGGAGUUGCGGAGGCGCGCUCUGGCCUGACUCCGCGGACCCUCCCGGGCCUCACGCCCCCUCCGCGGGCGGCGCCUCUCCCGGCCGCCCCUUCUCGGGCCCCGAGGGAGCGUGCGGGGCCGGCGCGUCCACCGAGUGCCCCCCGCUGGCGUCUCCGUCGGCUUGUCACGGUUCUGCGGGAGCCACCGGGUGCGGGCUGACGGGCCCCGCGGACCCCGCUCCGGCUCCGGCUCUGCGCCCCCGGCCGCGGCUGUUUGGCCCGGGGAGCCGAGCGGGGCGGGCAUGGCCAGCAUCACCCAGCUGUUCGACGACCUGUGCGAGGCCCUCCUGCCCGCGGCCCAGGCUCCCCUGCGCCCGCGCGGCCUGAGCCGCCGGAGGGCCAAGCAGAGCCUCAAGCGGGCGGCCUACAACGCGCUCUUCGCGCACCUCUUCCAGGAGGAGCCCCCGAGGCCGCCGCCGGGCCGCCCGCGCCUCCCGGUGAAGAACAAGGUCCUCAUGCUGUCCUUCGACCUGCGGGUGGGCGGCCUGGGGCCCGAGGCCGACCGCCUGGAGGCGCUGGUGGAGAAGCUGGAAGCCGCCCCGCGCUGUCCGCUGGCGGAGGUGGGGUCGGCCCUGGACCUGCUGGUCCAGCUGGCGGGCACCGGGCCCCCGCAGGUCCUGCCCCGCCGGCGGGACCUCUUCCUGAACAACAAGCACGUGGGGAGGAACGUCCCCUACGGCGGCUACGACUGCUACGACCUGAGUGUGUUCGAGAUGGACGUGCAGGCUCUGAUCCGCCGGGAGGAGUACCUGUGUCAGGACACGAUCCACAAGGCGCUCCAGGUGAUGGAGGCCACGCCGGGCACCGGCCUGCCCACGGCCCGGCUCUUCUCCUACGGCGACCCCGGCGGGGACAGGUUCGAGAGAGACACCCGCGUCUCGCUGUUGAGCCCUGUGCACAGUCGCACCUACGACAUGGACGUCCGGCUGGACUUGCCCCCGGUGCCGGACAGCGCGGACCUCUCUGGACUGGCCAUCAAGGUGCCUCAGAGUGUGGAUCCGUCCGAAGAUGAAGGGUUCCAGUCAGCAUCCAAUUUGACCCCCGACUCCCAGUCUGAGCACGGCACGACCCCCGAGAUCGACCCCUGGGACGCGGUGCUCACCUACGAGGCCAGCAAGCGGAGGUGCUGGGAGCAAGUCGGCUGCCCCCCUGGCCACAGAGAAGAGCCCUACCUCACGGAGGCGGGAAGGGACGCCUUCAACAGUUUCUGCAGGCUGUGCCGAGGAGAGCUGCAGGUGCUGGGCGGGGGCCUCCCGCAGGCCGCGCAGCCCGUGCUGGUGCAGGAGUGCGAGCUGGUGAAGGACGUGCUGAACGUCUUGAUCGGGGUCAUGUCUGCCACGUUUCCCCUCUGCCAGCCGACUCAGGCCUUCAUGGUGAAGCGGGGCAUCCACGUGUCAGGAACGUCCCCCGAGAGCAUCAGCAGCCUCCUCUCGGAGGUGGCCGAGUGCGGGACCCACUACGCACGCCUGAGCCACUUCUCUCUGCAGCCCGUGCUGGACGCCUCCUGCAGCAAGGGCCUCGUGUUCCAGGCCUUCACCAGCGGCCUGAGGAGGUACCUGCAGUAUUACCGGGCGUGUGUCCUCUCCACCCCGCCCACUCUGAGCCUCCUCACCAUUGGCUUUCUCUUCAAGAAGCUGGGCCGGCAGCUCAGGUACCUGGCUGAGCUCUGUGGUGUGGGCACCUGCGGAGGAGAGUCCCGGGCUCCUUUCCCCACUGGCGUGAAGCUGCUCUCCUACCUCUACCAGGAGGCCCUGGACAACUGCAGCAACGAGCACUACCCGGUGCUGCUGUCCCUGCUCAAGACCAGCUGUGAGCCCUACACUCGGUUCAUCUAUGAUUGGGUGUACAGUGGGGUCUUCAGAGACGUUUAUGGCGAGUUCAUGAUCCAGGUGAACCAGGACUACCUGGGCUUCAGAGAUAAGUCCUACUGGACCCACGGCUACGUGCUCAUCUCCAAGGAGGCGGGGGACUGUGUGCCCGCGUUCCUGAAGCACAUCGCUCACGACGUGUACGUCUGCGGGAAGACCAUCAACCUGCUGAAGCUCUGCUGCCCUCGGCAUUAUCUCUGCUGGUCCGACGUCCCCGUGCCCCGGAUCUCGGUGAUUUUCUCCCUUGAGGAGCUGAAGGAGAUUGAGAAGGACUGUGCCAUCUACGUGGGGCGGAUGGAGAGGGUGGCACGCCACAGCUCCAUCAGCAAGGAGGAGAAGGAAUUACGAAUGGAGAUUGCUAAGCAAGAAUUAAUCGUCCAGGCCCGAGAAGCGGCGUCCAGGGUCCUGAGUGCACUGAGCGAUCGGCAGAUGUCUGAGCGGAUGGCCUUGGACGCCCGGAAGCGAGAGCAGUUUCAGAGGCUGAAAGAGCAGUUCAUGAAGGACCAGGAGCGACGCCGGGCGGCCCGGCAGGAGGAGCUGGACGAUGACUUCAGCUACGCCCGGGAACUCCGCGACAGGGCGCGGAGGCUGCAGGCCCUGGAGGAGCAGCUGGAGAGGAAGGCGAGGCAGGCGCUGGUUGACCAUUAUAGCAAGUUGUCUGCAGAGGCAGCUCGUCGAGAGCAGAAGGCGCUGUGGAAAGUCCAGAGGCACAGGCUGGCGAGCGCGCGGGCUCGCUUUCUCUUAGAAGAUCAGGAGCACAUUCAGGCCAUGCUGAGAGACGCAGCCGAGGGGAGGCCCCCCGAGCCGCCAGCGGUGCUCCCAAGUGCGUGCUCCCAGGCCUCGUCUCUGGGCCCUGGGCACCCCGAUGGAGGUGGCAGCUGUGAUCCUGGGUGUGCAGAGCAGCACGUGGCUGCCUGGGAUGGCCCAAGCCGGCCACAGCCCCUCGAGCCUCCAGCACUGGGGGCCUGCAGCAGCUCAGAGCUGGGAGCAGGCCUGCAGCCAGGACAGGCCGAGGGGCCAGGGCUGUUCUCUGCAGGCCUCAGUAUCCAGGAUUUCCUGCCCACGGGCCAGGGUGCUGAGCAGCCUGGGGGCGCUGGGGUGGCCCCUGUCUUGGAGGAGGCUCUGCAGACCAUCGGCUCAGAUCUGCGCUCCUCUGCUUCGUCAGCCACAGCAGGCACGGGCUGCUCGGGGCCACAGGAGUACGAUUUCAGAACUGUCCUGAGGCCAGCUCUGGUCACUUCGGCCUCAGGGUCCCUCCAGACUGUGGGAGGCAGCUUAGGCUGCGAGGGGCUGCAGCUGUGGGGGGACACUCACGAGUUUAGGCUGGACACCUGUGUCCCGGAUGGGCAGGUGGCUCUGCCUCACCCAUGCCCACCCAGGAAUAACCUCCCCAAGGAGGGGAGUAGCCAGACCAUGGGGCAGCUUCUUGGGCAUGUGUCUGAGGGUGGUAUUCUCACAGGGGGCAAUGCUUCUGGAAUGGCCCCCUCCCGGCCACGGUGGAACGUCCAUGGACACGUGUCUGAUGCCAGCAUCAAGGUGGGGGAGAACGUGUGGGACGUAGCCCCCUCCCGGCCACGGUGGAAUGUCCACGGACACGUGUCUGAUGCCAGCAUCAAGGUGGGGGAGAACGUGUGGGACGUAGCCCCCUCCCGGCCACGGUGGAAUGUCCACGGACACGUGUCUGAUGCCAGCAUCAAGGUGGGGGAGAACGUGUGGGACGUAGCCCCCUCCCGGCCACGGUGGAACGUCCACGGACACGUGUCUGAUGCCAGCAUCAAGGUGGGGGAGAACGUGUGGGACGUAGCAUCCUCCCGGCCACGGUGGAAUGUCCACGGACACGUGUCUGAUGCCAGCAUCAAGGUGGGGGAGAACGUGUGGGAUGUGGCUCCCUCCCGGCCAAGGUGGAACGUCCACGGACAUGUGUCUCAGUCCCAGGUGAUGCUGGGGGAUCCCCCAGGGGAAACCCAGCCUGAUAAGCCCAGGCCCCUUCCGAGCCCCCCUGACCACGUGUCCCAGCCAGGCCUCAGCCUGGGAGCACAGAGCCCUACCUGGGACCAUGACUCACAGCUGCUGGCAGAACCGGCCUCAGUCAGUGCCUGCACUCGGGUGGCUGGCUCUGGGGAAGAAGGUAGCCUCCAGGCCUUGCCGGGUGCUGAGGCUGGACCCAGUGCUGUGGGAGACAGCACCCCUGAGCCAGGCCCAGGGAGGAGUGGGGACACCGAGGACGGCUCUGCAAGCCAGCCUUCCAGCUCACAGGAAUGUGCAGCCUCCCUGAGCAGCCCGGGCCUGGAAGAGGAGGCGGAGGACGGGGCAGUGGCCAGGCGCCAGGGCAGGGAGCAGGCCUACCUGGCAGGCCUGGUGGAGCAGUACCGCCUGGAGCAGUACCCGGACAGCUACGAGGCCAUGUCAGAGCCUCCCGUCGCGCGCCUCCUACACCACGGGCUUCCUCGGGCCUUCUCGCUCCCCGAGGACACCCGGGGCCCGCUGGGCACGGAGACCGUGGAUGAGACCGCGGUGCAGCUGAGCGAGCUGCUGCCGCUGCCGGUGCUCAUGAAGCACUCGGUCACUGCCCCGCUGGCCGCCCACGUGUCCCUGGUGAACAAGGCGGCCGUGGACUACUUCUUCGUGGAGCUGCAGCUCGAGGCGCACUUCGAGGCGCUGCGGCACUUCCUGCUGAUGGAGGACGGCGAGUUCGCACAGUCCCUGAGCGACUUGCUCUUCGAGAAGCUGGGCGCCGGGCAGACGCCCGGGGAGCUCCUCAACCCGCUGGUGCUCAACGCGGUGCUGCGCAAGGCGCUGCAGUACAGCUUGCAUGGGGACUCCCCACUCGCCGCCAACCUCUCCUUCGCCCUCAAGUUCCUGCCGGAGGCCUUCGUCCCCAACGCUCCGGAUGUGCUGAGCUGCCUGGAGCUCAGGUACAAGGUUGACUGGCCCCUCAACAUCGUCAUCACCGAGAGCUGCCUGAGCAGGUACAGCGCCAUCUUCUCCUUCCUGCUGCAGCUGAAGCUCAUGAUGUGGACGCUCAAGGACGUAUGUUUUCACCUCAAGCGCACAGCACUGGUGAGCCCUGCAGCCGGCUCCGUGCAGUUCCGCCAGCUGCAGCUGUUCAAACACGAGAUGCAGCACUUCGUGAAGGUCAUCCAGGGCUACAUCGCCAACCAGAUCCUGCACGUCACCUGGUGUGAGUUCCGGGCCCGGCUGGCCACGGUGGGCGACCUCGAGGAGAUCCAGCGCGCCCAUGCCGAGUACCUGCACAAGGCCGUCUUCAGGGGCCUGCUGACGGAGAAGGCGGCUCCCGUCAUGAACAUCAUCCACAGCGUCUUCAGCUUGGUCCUCAAGUUCCGCAGCCAGCUCAUCUCCCAGCCCUGGGGCCCAGCCGGUGGCCCCCACGGCGCUGAGCACCCCAACUUUGCCCUCAUGCAGCAAUCCUACAACACCUUCAAGUACUACUCCCACUUCCUUUUCAAAGUGGUGACCAAGCUGGUGAACCGAGGCUACCAGCCCCACCUGGAGGACUUCCUGCUGCGCAUCAACUUCAACAAUUACUACCAGGACGCCUGAGCUGCUCGGCCUGGUGCAGGCAUGUAAAGGUGCCUCGGG